AUGGUUGAGCAUGUAGAGGAAGUCGAUUUCAACUCCCCGAUCACUAAAUUCACCCACUGCCUGACAGGAUAUCCACUUUUGAUGGAGAUCUGGCAAAAUCUCUAUAACAUGACCAUGUAUAAAAAAAAGGGUGAAACUUCCUCAAGACCCAUGGUCUCUCUCUACAUGGGGCACGAUAGGUCAAUUGAACCCUUGCUAACAAUACUGCAGAUCAAAAGGGAUCUCUGGCUGUUACCACUCGCGUCGGCCAUAACCUUCGAACUUUAUUCAUUGAGGUCAAAAAAGUUCUACAUUAGAGUAAUCUACAAUGGCAAUGAUGUCACCAAACAACUAAUAUUCUGUCGGAAGUUAAACGGAGAUGGACUGUGCGAUUUUGAAAACUUCAAUUUCUUUGCCAUGAAGGACAUUGAUCAUCACUGCUUUUUUGGAGAUAACUUUUCCAAUGCUUGUAAUUCCAAACGUUAA